UCGGUGACAAAAAGGUGCGCAUUAUAAUGGCUUACAAAAUUGAUGAAAAUCUAUUUAAUAUUACGGAUAUUUUCUUAAAAAUCGGUGGGAAAAAAAAAGAUAGAUUGCAUUUUUAUGGUCCCCUUCCAUUAUCGGCGUGAUAACACUUCACGAUGUAUACGCGAUGAUCGUAGGCCCCUGUCAACACAUACGUGUGGGACAAAGCAGGAUAGAGCGUUGAUUGUAAGCUUGAGUACGCAGGCUCGGGCCACUAUCAAAGUUUAUAUUUCGAAUGCGUUUUCAUCGUGGGAAAUCAGGAAGGUUCCCACUCCAUAACAUUUAGUUUGAGCAGCUGAACCCUCUUGCAAACAUCCUCUUUUGUUGUUUUUCGUACUGCAGCAUGGUACCCGCAUCGAAAAAAUUUCUAGGAGAUGGAUUUGUCGUAGAAAAUUGCAUAAUCAAAGGGCAUGACAAGUAUUACGAUAUAAAGGAAAAUAAUCUUGGAGAACUUAUCUUUAAUGCUUUAUCAGAAACACCAGAACACAUCGGACAAAUUGUUGCUCUUACGAGCAAGAAAAAAACCUUUGCACAAUUAAAGGAACAAAGUAUUCGUUUGGCAACGUGGUUGAGAAAAGAAGCAAUAGAUUCUAAAGAUGUUGUGGCGCUCUGCUCUCGAAGACAUCCUCAUACUGAAGUUAUAUUUUGUGCCAUUUCCUUAAUUGGUGCGAUUUACACUCCAUUCGUUCACAAUGUAGAUAUAGUCACAGCCAGGCAUUGCAUAAAAACUGCGCAGCCAAAACUUGUAUUCGCGCAUAAAAAUAUAAUUUGCACACUGCAGGAAGCUGCUGCAUUAGAAAAUCAUACGUUGAAGAUUGUCGUGAUCGAUAGCGAUAAAGACAAUGAUUAUAUAACACUGAACACCAUUGUCAGUACACCAUCAUCCGCGGAAUCCGACGACUUUCAAAUAACUACAGUGAAAUCUGAAGAUACCUGCGUAAUAGUUCACACGUCUGGUACGACGGGAAUACCAAAAUUUAUUCCCUUAUCUCAUAAACAAUUCAUCCAGCAAGCCUUACAAUUUGACAUAAGUGGCAACUCGGAAAAACAAAACAGAAUCGUAUUGACAUAUUUCUACCCUGGAUGGUUAGUGCAAACCUUGUUCUCGAUCAGAUCUAUUUUGGUCAGGCAAACCUUGAUAUUUCACGAGGAUUUUGAACCUCAUGAAACUUGCAAGAUCAUCGAAAAAUACAAGAUAAAUACUCUAGCUUGGGAUGUGUACAUGAUAGCCCUAUUAGCGGAAUCUGAUGUUAUGGACAAAUACGAUCUGAACUCCGUGACCCGCAUACAUUCAAUCGGAUCGAAAUUGUUCGACCAAGUCAGAGGAAAAAUGAUAAAAAUGUUUCCAAACGUUCAGACUAUUGGAAGAGGAUUAGGCAUAUUAGAGACAGGGCUGUUAACACUAUUCACCGAAAACUGUCGCAACCCCAAGUCCGAAGGUGUGGUUGUACCAAAUGUCCAACUGAAAGUCAUCGAAACGACAAGAGGUGAAGCUUUGGGUCCUAAUAAAGUUGGAGAGCUGUGCGCCAAGUCGCCUUGCAUGUUUACGGGUUACUAUAAAGAUCCACAAGCAACGAAAGCUGCCUUUGACGAUGACGGAUGGUUCCACACAGGCGACGAAGCUUAUUACGAUGAAAAUGGCGAGCUCAUCGUGGUUGGGAGGCUAAAGGAAGUCAUUAAGUAUCGGGAAAUGGAGCUGCAACCAUUGCUUAUAGAACAGAUCUUUCUGUCACAUCCGAAUAUCGUUGACGCAGCCGUCGUUGGCAUUUUCCACGAGAUUAAUAUCGAACAACCCGUAGCUUUCGUUAAAAGCACCAACGGUUCUAGCUUGACUGAACAAGACGUGUUGGAGUUCACGAGCGACCUCCAAUACACCGACAUUUUCAGAGGUUGGGUGAUAUUUACCCACGAAAUACCACGAAAUGCUAAUGGGAAAAUCAAUCGACGUGCUUUGAGGGAGCGUGCCCAAAUAUUUUAUCAAUCUCAUUAGUGCAUUUUAUUAUUUUAUGUAGAAUUUUCUGGAAAUUAUUCUGUUCAAACGUCCAAAAAUAUAAUUCAUUCGAACCUUUCAAUAAUUUUAUGUUACAAAUCAUAAUGCAAUUAUUUAUCUAACAGAUCACGAUAACUUUAGUUUAUAUGAAUAGAUAACUUACAAAUCAUCAUAUACUUAUUUAUUAGGCCAGCUUUUUAAUCAUAUGCCGUUUGAGUGAUCAAAAUAUCUGAUCGAUUAUCAACAUUUUACAAGCCAUAACCAUUCGCCUUCCGCAAUUUCAUGUAUAAACUCUGAAGUUUUAUGCAAAACAAAGUCGGACUUAGGCCAAGGAAUAUAAGAUCAGAGAUUCAUUAUAAAGAGUAAAAAUUUAGUUAAAGCUUUAGUACUAUUUCGUCGAAAUUUUCCGAGGAUCAAAACUUGAGUAUUACCGAAUCAGGUGACUAUCGGAUAGAUAUAUGCAUCAGUUUUGCAAACAAUGAAGGUGAACAAUAUAUUGUAGACGUCAAAUAACAGUAUUUGAAUGUAACUGAUUCUCUGUGCAUGAUAAAACACCCUAAAUGAAAAUUCAAUGAGAAAAAGAAAGUCAACAAUCAUUUAACAAGAAUGCAUUAUACAAGUCAAACUUUGGUCUUGCUGUGACAAGAAACUUACUUAAAACUGAAUUUCUUACAUAUAUCAUCACAAUGAUGAAAUUGCAUAAAAAAUGUUAUGUUCAAGAAGAUUGAUUCAAAAGAGUAAACGAGUGACCAAGGGACAAAAGUGCAAUACGAUGCUUAUUUUUCAUGAAUUGCUGUCAGACCGCAUCAUCAUUGACCUCAUUUUCAAUAGAAUCGUUCUGCAAUUGCAGCCAUCUUUUUACUUUAUCACUAUAAUGAUGGCCAUAAGCUUUUUAACCUAAAUCCGUGCGUUUAUAUAUGUAUAAGCUUCUCAAUUAUGCUACUCUUAUAAUAAUAAGAUACUUGAAUACUAUGUCUUAAUAUAUUUUUUACUUGAAUAGAUGUAGAUUGUAACAGGCGACGAAAUGAAUAAAUUAAUUGAAUGCAUGUUUGUUUUUGCGAGCGAAGAGGUGAAACGGGAUGAAGGUGGGAUGGCGCGCGUUCUUGGCCCUUGAUCUAACAAUUUUUAGAGCUUCGUUUCGUCAUCGCCCGAUGACAACUACAUGUGGCAACUCUGAGUUACCGAUGUUUUUUUUUCGCCUCAAGUGCGUCAGAGUCGGGUACAUGUGAACCCUGAGGAACUGUGUAUCAGAGCAGAAUUGACAAGUGCUACCACAUAAUAGGAAUACUUACGUAAAAUGUAGGGUUGCUGUGAUCAUCGAAAUCUCACAUUUUGCCUAAGUUUUUAUGUUCACUUGCGUUUGCCUGGGUUAAUUAACUCGUUAAAUUCGAUUUCUCUCUCUCGCGUUGUUCAAGAAAUAGGUCAAAUUUCGGCUCACUGUAAGACCUUAUUUUUACGAAAUAUUAGCGCACCGACCACCGACAGAAUGCUUUAGAUCAAAAUUUUUAUGCAAAAACAAUUAAUAUUUACUCUACUUGUAAUAGCUUAUAUGUUAUUUAAACUUAAGCUAGGUUUACGACUGAAAUUGUCUGAUUCAUAAGAAUGAUAAAUUUGCAAAUAAA